AUGUUCUUGGCGACCCUGUACUUCGUACUGCCGCUUCUGGACGUGCUCCUGUCGGCCGAGGUCAGCGGCGGGGACCGCCUGGACUGCGUGAAAGCCAGCGAUCAGUGCUUGAAGGAGCAGAGUUGCAGCACCAAGUACCGCACGCUCAGGCAGUGCGUGGCGGGCAAGGAGACCAACUUCAGCUUGACAUCGGGCCUGGAGGCCAAGGACGAGUGCCGCAGCGCCAUGGAGGCCCUCAAACAGAAGUCGCUUUACAACUGCCGCUGCAAGCGGGGUAUGAAGAAGGAGAAGAACUGUCUGCGCAUCUACUGGAGCAUGUACCAGAGCCUGCAGGGGAAUGAUCUGCUUGAAGAUUCCCCAUAUGAACCAGUUAACAGCAGAUUGUCUGAUAUAUUCCGGGUAGUCCCAUUCAUACCAGAUGUUUUCCAGCAAGUGGAGCACAUCCCGAAAGGGAACAACUGCCUGGAUGCCGCCAAGGCCUGCAACCUGGACGACACCUGUAAGAAGUACAGGUCCGCGUACAUCACACCGUGCACCACCAGCAUGUCCAACGACGUCUGCAACCGGCGCAAGUGCCACAAGGCCCUCCGGCAGUUCUUCGACAAGGUCCCGGCCAAGCACAGCUACGGGAUGCUCUUUUGCUCCUGCCGGGACAUCGCCUGCACCGAGCGGAGACGGCAGACCAUCGUGCCGGUGUGCUCCUACGAGGAGAGGGAGAAGCCCAACUGCUUGAAUUUGCAGGACUCCUGCAAGACGAAUUACAUCUGCAGAUCUCGCCUGGCGGAUUUUUUUACCAACUGCCAGCCGGAGUCAAGGUCUGUCAGCAGCUGUCUAAAGGAAAACUACGCUGACUGCCUCCUCGCCUACUCGGGGCUUAUUGGUACAGUCAUGACCCCCAACUACAUAGACUCCAGUAGCCUCAGCGUGGCCCCCUGGUGUGACUGCAACAACAGUGGAAAUGACCUGGAGGAGUGCUUGAAAUUUCUGAAUUUCUUCAAGGACAACACAUGUCUUAGAAAUGCAAUUCAAGCCUUUGGCAAUGGCUCAGACGUGACCGUGUGGCAGCCAGCCCUCCCAGUUCAGACCACCACUGCCACCACCACCACAGCCUUCCGGGUCAAGAACAAGCCCCUGGGGCCAGCAGGCUCUGAGAAUGAAAUCCCCACUCACGUUUUACCACCUUGUGCAAAUUUACAGGCACAGAAGCUGAAAUCCAAUAUGUCGGGCAGUCCACACCUCUGUCUUUCUGACCGUGAUUACGAAAAGGAUGGUCUUGCUGGGGCUUCCAGCCACAUAACCACAAAAUCAAUGGCUGCUCCUCCAAGCUGCAGUCUGAGCCCACUGCUGGUCCUGGUGGUAACUGCCCUGUCCACCCUAUUAUCUUUAUCUUUGGCUGACGCAUCGUAG